GUUAAUCAUGAAUUUACAAACACUGAUCUUGUUCUUGUUAUUGGUGCUAAUGAUACUGUUAAUUCAGCUGCUGAAGAAGAUCCAAAUAGUAUUAUUGCUGGAAUGCCUGUUCUUCGAGUUUGGCUCGCUAAACAAGUUGUUGUUAUGAAACGAUCACUUGGUGUCGGUUAUGCUGCUGUUGAUAAUCCAAUAUUUUUUAAACCAAAUACAUCAAUGUUAUUAGGUGAUGCUAAAAAAACAUGUGAUAAAUUAUUAGCAAAACUUAAAUCUGAUUAUGACGAAGGUGAAGCAAGUGGUUCAGCUGAUGCUACAAAAUCAUCCGGAAAACAUUAA